AAACCAUCUGCCUCGGAACCGGGACGGUCUUUUCUAUUCUCGGACCCGAAGGGUGGGGAGCCAGCCGAUUUGUCGCUGAUAUUUUCACCACCGAUCGGACAAAAUGAUCAUUUACAAGGACAUUGUCACUGGUGAUGAAAUGUUCAGCGACAUUUACAAAGUCAAAGAAUCUUCAAAUGGGAUUCUCUUCGAAGUUGAAGGAAAGAUGGUCAGCCGGACAGAUGAACUUGAUGAAUCCCUCUUUGGGUCCAAUGCCUCGGCUGAGGAGCAGACUGAAGCCUGUGAGGGUGCCACAGUCAGCGGUGUGGACAUAGUGCUCAACCAUAAACUGCAAGAGACCGCCUUCACGAAGCAGUCAUACAAGACCUACAUUAAGGAAUACAUGAAGCAGAUCAAGACGACUCUUGAAGAAAAAAACCCAGAGAGAGUGCAGCCCUUUGUGAAAGGAGCCCCGGACGAGAUCAAAAACAUCAUAGCAAACUUUGCCAAUUACCAGUUCUUCACAGGGGAAUCCAUGAACCCAGAAGGCAUGAUAGGCUUGCUUGACUACCGUCCCGAUGGCACCACCCCUUACAUGAUCUUUUUCAAGGAUGGUCUGGAGUUGGAGAAAUGCUAAUGACCUGGAACCACAUCUGCUUUUUGAUUGUCUGCUGCUUCUGAAUGGACCCAAAAGCCCAACUGGAAACCCAAAUGAUCCUUCUGCAUCCCAAGAAUGGAGACAUUCUUUUACAGUCCAUCAUGUAUUUGCAUAUUGUGGCCCUCAUUUCCAGAGACCGGCUGAAGAUAUGUGAUGAAUUGAUGAGUUCAUUUUCACAAUUUGUUUUUGGGAUACAUUUCCUGAGGUUGGCCUAAUGUCAGGAAUGAUCAUUAUAAAAUAGUCAGGAAAGUGAAAUAUCUAACUGCAGAAUGAGGCCCAGCACUUUUGCAUUUCUGUCAACAGUGCUCCACCUCGCUCAUUUUGAUUUUUUUCGUCAGGACACUUUUAACCAUUGUUGAUUAGGUUGGCUGUUUCAGACCUUUUGUUUGGUUCACGGUCGCGUUAAUGUCAUCUACCAUGAAAAGGCAGUGUAUGACUCCAGUUGAAAUUGUGACAAUAAAACCUGGUAACAUUU